UGUUCCUUUGUCGUCGUCACCCCCCUCCUUUUCCUCCAUUAACGCGUCUUCCUCCUCUGCUCUGCCUUCUCUUAGUUUGACAUCGUCACACGCUUUCCCUUCUCCCACUAGUUUCGUCGCACCUUCCUCCUCCUUCCCUUCGCUUCCUUCCUCCAUAUUUAUUGUAUGUGCAUCAGCUAAAAAUCCGUCGAUCGGUCACCCACAAUUCGAUACAAAUUUAACAGAGCAAAUCAAUGGAGGGCCAAAACAGCAGAGACAACGCCACCUCGUUCCUGCAAUUCAGCGACCAGCUCCGCCUCCACACCUCCGCCUUCUCCGCCCUCUCGCUCGGCGACUCAAUAUGGUCUGACGCCUCCAUAAUCUCCGCCACUGCAGCCGCCGCCGACCCCUGGACCAUGAACUACACCAGCCACAAACUUGCCUUCAACACCUACACCACCCACAGCAGCCGCUACAACACCGUCGAGAACCACCGACGGAACACCAUCGACUCCGUCGUCGACGCCGGCAAAAACGCCCUCAACUAUAACAACUACAGCAACAACGUCAAUACCUACAAGUACGGAGGAGGAGAAGGAGGGGAGAUUCAAAAGAACUACUUCAACAAGGCCGUCGGCAAGGCAGUGAACACCACCACUGGUAACAGAAAGAACAGCAACGACGUAACCAACGUGGCAAAGAAGAAGAAGAAUUUUUACGGCAACGGAAAUCACAGUAACAGUAACAACAGCAGCAGCAGCAACAACAACAACGACAACGGAGCAGUGGACAAGCGCUUCAAGUCCCUGCCGCCAGCAGAGGCGCUACCGAGGAACGAGGCGAUCGGUGGUUAUAUUUUCGUCUGUAACAACGAAACUAUGCCGGAGAACCUCCGGCUGCAGCUAUUUGGAUUGCCGUCGCGGUACAGGGAUUCUGUGCGAGCAAUCAAACCGGGGUUGCCUCUCUUCCUCUACAACUACUCAACCCAUCAGCUUCAUGGGAUUUUUCAGGCAGCUAGUUUUGGAGGAAGCAACAUCGAUCCUACAGCUUGGGAGGACAAGAAAUUCCAUGGAGAGUCCCGUUUCCCUGCUCAGGUGAAGGUGGUGACCAGAAAAAUCUGUGAGCCUUUGGAAGAGGAUGCUUUCAGGCCAAUACUCCACCACUAUGAUGGUCCCAAAUUCCGGUUGGAGCUUAACGUGGAAGAGGCACUGAAACUACUUGAUAUCUUUGCUGAGAAUCGAACGACGCUUGAGCUACUACUAGGAGAAGACUUUUGACUUGGAAUACAUGAUAUAUAUAUAUACUUAUUGCCGCUCUUAGUAGAGUAUAGAAUAAGAUCUUGGGGUUACAGUUAUUAGGUUGAUAUGUAUGGUGAAAGGAUAUUGGGAUUGAGUUGAUAUGAACUAGUUUAUGUAUAUCUGACGACUUUACUUUGUAUAUAUUUUAUAAUGCGACAGUGGCUAUUAUAUAAUUCAUGAUAAA